UUCAAAAGACAAAAUUUAAUGACGCAAUGUUCUGAUUUUCUUAUGUAGACCCAUUUCCAUGACCCACCAACAUAAUUUCAAUUACUUAUUGAAACAAGAAAGGAAGCAACCACAAAAGCAUGGAAAUUGGAAGGUAACAGAAUUAUUUCACUAGUGCUUCAAAGGGUUUCUCUUUUCUGUGUCUUUGUUGCGAUUUUUCUUAUGGUUCAAGGUGAAAAUUCUUGAUUCUUAUGAUACUUGUGUUUGAAAUUUUGUAUAUUAGGCCAUGAUCAAUUGCAGAAUCUGAUUUGUUCAAAAGGGUCAGAUCAAAAUCUUACCUUUCUUCAAAACAGAAUCAUGAUUUUGCUAUUGGUAAGUAAAGUUUGAAAAUUUUCAAGUGUGAUGAGGAAGAAGGAAAAUUGAGUUGUUGGAAAGUGUGGUUUUAAUUUGGAGAAAUGGGUUCAUCAUGUUUUUUCAUAAUAUGUAUUCUUCAUUCAGCAAUAGCUUUGACUUGUGGAUCUUUGAUGGUUUUUUGGUCAAAAGAUACAUAUGUAUUAAGCCAUGGACCAAAGACAGCAAUUAAGCUUCAAGGUUCAACACCACAUGAUCAGUUAUUGAUUCAAACAUCAGAUUCUUUUUCUGGGUUGUUGUUGUUCACAAUUGGGUCCCUUGUGUUCAUGGUUGCUUGUGUUAAGGACAUGGAGUUUCAGAGUUUCUUUGCUAAAGGGUGUGUUUUUCUUCAUGUUUCUAUGGCUGUUUGGAGAUUUUACUUUGAAGGGAAACUUGAAGAUCUUGAUUAUGGUUGGCCUAGGCAUGCUUUUGGGGAUAUUGCUUUGGCCAUCUCUUGGGUCUUUUUUCUUUUGUACAUGUGGAGAGAGAAAUAUGAUUAGCAGUUAUUAUACAUGAUUGGAUAAAUUUGAUGAAAUCAUGGUGAUAAUGUAAUUUUGCUAACUCUUUAGAAAAUACUUUUUUAAUAAAAUUACAAUGACACCAUGAUUUUAAUUAAAAUCUUUAUCUAUCUACACAUGUGGUGUAAUAGUAAAUAUGUUGUGUGAUUUAUAAAAAAAAGAGUGCCAAAAUAAAAUAUAAAAGGUUGAGUUUUAGUGACAAAUAAACAAGAUUUUUCAAACUCUAUAACAAGGGAGAAAUUAAGUUUACAUCUAAUGAAAAAUCUUGGGCUUUCUUUGUGUAUGUGGUUGAUCAAAUUCUCAAGUAAAAUGGAGAGUCUUAGAGAAAAUUGGAUACAAUUGCUUGCUUUGUGUUUUAUAAGCAAGCACACAUAAUUAUUGUUUGGUUGUUCACCCUUUUCAUGAGUACCGUUUUAUUGUAAAUUUUUAAUGUACUAUCAUCCAUAGUAUUGGUCAAAUGUAUUUAUAUCCUUGUUUCCACAA